CAACCUUAUACAACCGGCACCAAUCAAAGACGCAUAACACUGCCCAGAAUACACAGCAGAAUGACAGCUGAAAGCAGCUACCAACUAUACACAGAUACCAAAAUAGGACUGCGGUGCUCACAUUCUUACGAUUAACUGCACUCCGUCUGGCAGGCAAAGUCAGGCAGUCAUCGAGAAUCGCCGUACCCAACCAAGACGUGUGCAAUAUUGAAAACAAAAUGAUGAUGUUGAUGAUUAUUAUUUAUAUUAUUUAAUUCAAGCAGUGAGAAUAUAUCCCCUCAACACGCCGUGUGCCAAGUGACCAGCCAUGUCAAUUAAGGAACAAGAAUGCUACACGUAUGACUUUGCUGACCCAGCUCACCCAGCAGAGUUCUUGGAUGCUUUCCAAGAAUUUUACCUUGAUGGCUUGUUCACAGACAUUACUCUCCAGUGCGCUACUGGUCAGAUAUUUCAGUGUCACAAAGCAGCUCUGUCUGCAUGCAGUGCUUAUUUCAAAGUGAUGUUCACAGCAGACAUGAGAGAGAGAUCCAACAACUUGAUCAAGCUUUCAGGUAUCGACAGUGAUGUAUUGACUGCUCUGGUGAAUUAUGUGUAUACAUCCCAGCUGAAAAUAACUGAGAAGAAUGUCCAGAGUCUCUUGGAAGCAGCUGAUCUCCUUCAGUUUGUGUCUGUAAAGAAAGCCUGUGAGGAGUUUCUGGUCAGGCACCUGGAUGUUGACAACUGUUUAGGGAUGCACUCUUUUGCCGAGUUUCAUGUCUGCCCUGAACUGGAAAAAGAGGCCAGGAGGAUGAUGUUGUGUAUGUUUGAAGAGGUCACAAUGCAGGAGGAGUUCCUGGAACUGGACUUUGAGAAAUUAAGUUACAUAGUGUCCAGAGAAAACCUCAACGUCUGGAGACAAGAAGUUCUUUUGGAAGCUGUCGUGAAAUGGAUCACCCAUGAUGUCCAAGCUCGGACUGGUUACGUGCAGGAUUUGCUCUACUGCAUCCAACUGGAUUUGGAUGAAAUCUACUUGAGGACGGCCCUCGAUCUGCAGAAAAGAUGUUUACUGGGAAGUGAGAAAAAAGUCUACUCCUUAAUCUGCCAUGGUUUACAAUCCACUCGCAAAGGGAACUUUGUGAGUUCUAAAAAGUUGACCUCUAGCAUGUAUAUUAUUGGAGGAUAUUACUGGCACCCGCUCUCAGAGGUUAAUGCAUGGGAUCCACUUACUAAUACCUGGGUCCAGGGAACUGACAUGCCAGACCACACGAGGGAGAGCUACAGCGUGUCACUUUUGGGACCAAACAUUUACGUAACAGGGGGUUACAGAACAGACAAUAUUGAAGCUCUUGAUACAGUGUGGGUUUAUAAUGGAGACACUGAUGAGUGGACAGAGGGGUGCCCUAUGCUUCAUGCUCGAUAUUAUCACUGCUCGGUCACUUUGCAUGGCUGUGUGUAUGUUAUAGGAGGGUACAGAGGGGGAGCUCCUGCAAGAGAGGCAGAGUUCUAUGACCCUUUGAAGAAGACAUGGAGCCCUGUUGCAAACAUGGUACAAGGUGUUGGAAAUGCCACAGCCUGUGUUUUGCGUGAUAUCAUCUAUGUAACUGGAGGUCACUAUGGUUAUAGGGGAAGCUGCACCUAUGACAAAAUUCAAAGAUACAGGUCGGAUCUCAAUGAAUGGAGCAUUGUUACAAUAAGUCCACAUCCAGAGUACGGGCUUUGUUCUGUGGCUUUAAACAACAAGCUACACCUAGUCGGUGGGCAGACUACCAUCACUGAUUGCUAUGACCCAGAAAAGGACGAAUGGAGACAGAUGGCUCCAAUGAUGGAGAGGAGGAUGGAAUGUGGGGCUAUUGCCAUGAAUGGAUGCAUUUAUGUCACAGGGGGAUACUCCUACUCAAAAGGAUCCUAUCUUCAGAGCAUAGAGAAAUAUGACCCAGAACAAGACAAGUGGGAAAUCGUGGGCAGCCUUCCUAGUGCCAUGCGAUCACAUGGUUGUGUUUGUGUUUACAGUGUGUAGACAGGAUGCUGUGCACUGGUUCUAUAUUGCUGCCCAACAGGAAAUGCUGGCUAUGAAGUGCUGGAAGAGACAAACAGGAUGUACCAUAAAGAGCAGUGGCUAAUGAGAUGUAAACUACUGCACUGUUCCUUGUCACCCAGAAGGCACGUGGAUAACAUGCAAUUGAUACAAUGCCAUCAAAUGGGCAGCUUAUUUCAGUCUGCUAGUAUAUAUUUUAAUUGGAAUAAAUGUUGCACCAAUGAAGAAACCACUUCUCGGGACUCUGUUUUGAUACAAAGAACAUUUGCCGUACCGAAACCAUCAUUAAAUUAAAUUAUCUAACAAAUAUUCCUUUUUUCAUCCCUGCAAGUGCCAAUAAUAUAUUUUAUAAGUUUAUUUCCCCUUACAAUCAGGGCUCAGGAAGAACAAAAUAAGUUUUGUAUGUUAAUAUGCUUCAUGUCUGAGAAAGAGACCUACCUGCCUUUGGCAAAAAAGUCACAUGUCAGUCACUGACAUGCUAGAAGCACAUUUGAGAGGCAAAUGCUCUGGGUAUACCAUUGUAAAUAUUAGUAGAUCACUUAACUUGUUAAUUGUCAUUUUAUAUUUUAAUGUAAAUACUUUUAAGUAUGCUAAGUAAGUUAACUUUCUUUUUUAAAGCCUACAGUAUGUUUAUUUAUAAAAUGGACAAUCCCAAAGCACCAUUUUGUGAUCUUGGUAAAUUUAAAAAUACAGUACUUAUUUUCUUCACUAGGGGGAUGUGAUAAGGCAAGAAUUGGGAGCUUCAUUUGUUGUGAGUGCAAAGAUGAUUCUGUGACACUGAAGCAUUUUUGUCAUAACAAUUGGACACACACACAUUUGUUUCUGAUAUCUUACUCAGUAUGGUAUGAUAUUUGAUUGGGACAUUUUUAUAUAGAUUUGUAUGAAGAUUUGUAUUUGGACAUUUUUUUGUAGGAUUUUUAAUGAAUGUAUCUAUUUAAAUUGUGAAAUUGCACUUGAGUUGUAAACUAUAAUAACUGGUAGAAUUCCCUUUCCUAACCAGGUACAUUUGAAGUUGUUCAGUCUUUUGCACAUGAGAACAUUUGUAGGGAUUCCCGUUGAAGGAAGUUUGUGAUAUUUGAGCUUUUUGAAUGUAUGUUCUGUAGCACAUGACAGCUGUAGAGUGAGUGACUUGCACCAAAGAAUAAUCUUGCAGUGGAGUGGCAAUGGAGUAUUGAGUCCUUUAUUCUUUAUUUACUGGGAUCGUUCUUGUCGAGCUGGGACUGUUAUAAACUAUUUUGAUAGCACAAUGUGGGAAAGCUCAAUUUGUCACUGUAUGUACCUUCAUUGUGGAAAGAAUUCUUUUCAGUGUUAGCCUGGUAACUUUCAGCCUUUAAGAAAGAAAAAAAAACUUGCAUGAAUAAAUGUGUAAUAAACAUGGUUUUAAUAUUGUACAUGAUGUACAAAGCAAUAAAUUAUGACAAGAUGAUACGUUUACAAACUUUUGUUUAUUUUAUGAAUACAGAUAUUUUAAAUACAUUUGGUCUAUACUAAUUCAUCUAUACAGUGGCAGAUCUAAGUAAGACCAUUGUUUAAAUCUUCAUAAGAAGGAGACUUUGUCAAAACCAACAUCUCUAACACGUGUGUGUCUCCCAAUUGUAUUUUUGUCUUUAAAAGUAAGUGAAAUAACAUGGUGGUAAUAUUUAGAUCUGUAACUGUCUAUAUCUAUUGAAUAUACCCCACUAUGUUUUACCAUUUUGCUUUUGAAUAAGCAUUAAAAUCCUAUAGAGAUGUGGCUUUUUUAACAGUGGAGUAUUUCUUCAGACUGUCAGUUCUUUAAUAUUUAACAUCAAAAACAUAAAAUUAGCUGGAAGAGAAGUUUAUACUUUUUUGUUUUUGAAUACUUGAUCUUGUUACUAAUGUUAGUUCUUUUUGAUCAUUCACAACGUAAGUAUAGCACUUUUGAUGUACUGUAUUUACUUGACAUUUAUUUAGGAUUUAACAAUAUUGUAUGGAUUGCUGUUUUAUAUAAUUUAUUUGAAAUAUGUUUACAACCAACAGUGAAACUUUUGUAUAAUAUUUAUGUAAGGUGUGCAAGUUUUUAAAUGUAAUUUCUGUGGGAAUGUAGGACUGUAUAUUAAUACAGUCUGAAUUACUUUGUAAAUCUAAAAUGCCUUUUCUUCUGUAACAAAACAAUCCCAGGAAUUUACUGGGCUGCAUGGACAUUUAUUUACAGUACAGUUUGUUACCAAUAAAAUUCAGUUUGUACAACUGAAUAAAUGAUUGUAUUUAAUAAAACUGUAUUUACAUGAUUUUUUACUAUACAUUUGAGGUGAUGUUCUUUGAACUCUGUUUAGAAAUCUUAUUAAUCUUGCAUAAUAGUUGUUGCUUAUGCAGAGCU